ACGUUCCAGUUAUUGAAACAGAGAGAGAGAGAGAGAGCGUGGAGGGGGGAGAUAGUGGAGGUUUUUGGCGGUUUUGAACGCAAUCAGUACCUCGGCCAUUCUAUUCUUCUUCUUCUUCAGUUCUUCUUCUUCUUCCAUUACUCGCUGCUUUUUCCAUCACUGUCUGUCAUCCAACGGAAGAAAUCAUCAUUAUCAUCUUCUUCCAUCAUAGCGCACUAACCCUUCAUCAUGAUUCUCGUUUCCUCACUUGCAUCGCUCUUUUACAGCUCCAAGCAAUGUCAAGAAUUUCAACCCUUUACAAUCUCCGAUUUCAUCUCUCUUCUUCUUCUCCUGUUCUUUAUCCGUGUAGUUCAAUCAACACCUAGCUUCUCACUGUUGUGUUUCGUUGGAUGAAAAUUUAUUGCUCCUUUCGAGACGCUUGCUUUGCUUGACUUAUUACCGACUUCAUGGCUUUGUUCUUGGGACUGUGGUUCCGUUUCAUGCUAUUCUGCGCCUCUAGCAAAGUGAUCUUCAGCGAUCCAGAUGGUUUCUUGAGUUUGUCUUGUGGUGGAACGUCAACUUUGGUAGACUCUUCUAACAUAACCUGGGUUUCAGACGGUAGCUAUGUCACCACAGGCAAUGUUACCACUGUUGAGUUUGUCGAGGACACGUUAUCUUCUCAAGCCCCUGUUCGUUUCUUCCCUGAUUCCCCAGGUCGAAAGUGUUACAGGCUACCAGUAAAGGAUUUGCCCUCUUCUGUUCUUGUUCGAGCCCAAUUUGUGUACAAGAACUAUGAUAGACUCUCAAAACCACCAGCAUUCUCUGUUUCUCUUGGGACGGCUAUUAGUGCUACUAUAAACCUUACUGAUACUGAUCCAUGGACUGAAGAGUUCAUAUGGCCAGUUAGCCAAGAUGUUCUCCCUGUAUGUCUGCAAUCAAUUCCAAAUGCUGGUUUUCCUGUUAUUUCUAAACUUGAAGUCCGGCCCCUUCCUGAAGGAGCUUACAGAACUGGUUUAGAAGAUUUCCCCAACAAGUUUCUUAGGAAGAGUUAUCGAAUGAAUUGUGGCUACAACAAUGGGUCACUACAGUUCCCCUCGGAUCAGUAUGAUCGCAUAUGGGAUGCUGAUCUGGACUAUUCUCCCUUUCACGUCUCAACUGGGUUCAAAAUGGAAAGUUUCUUUAAUUCAUCAAGUCUUAUGGAGAUCCCUCCAGCUGCUGUUCUUCAAACUGCAAGAGUUCUGGCACGGAAGGAGGUCCUGACCUAUAAUUUGCCCCUUGAUGCCCUAGGAGACUACUACAUUAUCCUCUAUUUUGCUGGUAUUCUUCCUGUUUCCCCCUCAUUUGAUGUUAUAGUUAAUGGGGAUGUCAUUCAACCAAACUAUACUGUGAAGAAUUCGGAAGUGAGUGCUCUGUUUAUCACGAUGAAAGAAACCAAGAGCUUAAAUAUAACGCUGAAGAGUAUCAAAUUCAACCCUCAAAUGAAUGCACUUGAAGUUUAUGAGAUUGUUGACAUUCCCCCAGAAUCUUCUUCAACUACAGAGUCAGCCCUUCAGGUUAUUCAGCAAUCUGCCGGAUUAAAUCUAGGGUGGCAAGAUGAUCCAUGCUCUCCGAUGCCAUGGGAUCAUAUUGGAUGUGAAGAAAAUGUUGUUACUUCAUUGGAGCUUUCUGAUAUCCCUUUGAGGUCAAUCAACCCUACAUUUGGUGAUCUAUUGGACCUUAAAACACUGGAUUUGCAUAAUACAUCUCUUGCAGGGGAGAUACAAAAUUUGGGUAGCUUGCAACAUCUUGAAAGACUGAACCUGAGUUUCAAUCAGCUGACAUCCUUUGGUUCCAAUUUGGAGGACUUGGUUAAACUUCAAAUCUUGGAUUUGCAGAAUAAUAAUUUAAAGGGAAUAGUUCCUGAAAGCCUGGGGGAGUUACCGGAACUUCACCUCUUGAAUCUAGAACACAAUAAACUGCAAGGCCCACUGCCCCAAUCUCUGAACAAAGAAAGUUUGGAAGUUCGGACAUCUGGAAAUUUAUGCCUGUCCUUCUCAUUGACAUGCAAUGGUGUUUCAAGCAACCGUUCAAUUGAGACACCAGAACCAGAAGUGACAAUAUUUACCAACAAGAAGAAACACAACAUCCAUAAUCACUUGGCAAUAAUACUAGGUGCAGUUGGGGGAGCUUUACUCAUCACUGUCAUUGUUUCUCUUUCAGUGUUCUUGUACGCAAGGAGAAAGAAAAUUGAAGCCUCAUAUACAGCAAGACCACAAACCAAUUUGCGAAACUGGAAUGUUGCUGCAAAACUCUUUUCCUACAAAGAAAUCAAAGCAGCUACAAGCAACUUUAAGGAGGUGAUAGGCCGUGGUAGUUUUGGGUCUGUUUACCUUGGAAAGCUUCCAGAUGGCAAAAUAGUAGCUGUCAAAGUGCGGUUUGAUAAAACCCAACUUGGAGCUGAUUCUUUCAUCAAUGAGGUGUCUCUUUUGUCACAAAUUCGUCACCAAAAUCUUGUUUCAUUAGAAGGGUUUUGUUAUGAACCAAAGCAACAAAUACUAGUUUACGAAUAUUUACCUGGAGGAUCCUUGGCUGGUAACUUGUAUGGAACAAACAGUAAGAGAUUUACACUAAGCUGGGUUCGGCGAUUGAAAAUUGCUGUUGAUGCUGCAAAAGGGUUGGACUACUUACACAAUGGAAGCGAUCCAAGAAUCAUACACCGCGAUGUGAAAUCCAGCAAUAUUCUUUUGGACAUGGAGAUGAAUGCCAAGGUCUGUGACUUUGGCCUCUCUAAGCAAGUAACCCAGGCAGAUGCAUCUCAUGUGACCACUGUUGUCAAGGGCACUGCUGGCUAUCUUGAUCCGGAAUAUUAUUCCACCCAACAGCUGACUGAGAAAAGUGAUGUCUAUAGCUUUGGAGUUGUUCUGCUGGAGCUCAUUUGUGGCCGAGAACCGUUAAGUCACUCUGGAACUCCAGAUUCCUUCAAUUUGGUUUUAUGGGCCAAGCCAUACUUGCAGGCUGGUGCCUUUGAGAUUGUGGACGAAAGCUUGAAGGGAACAUUCGAGGUGGAGAGCAUGAGGAAGGCUGCGUUUAUUGCUUCCAGGUCUGUGGAGAGAGAUGCAUCUCAAAGGCCCACCAUUGCCGUGGUGCUCCAAGAGCUGAAGGAAGCCUACACCAUUCAGCUUUCUUAUCUUGCUUCUACUGGACAUGUGAAUUAAUAAUUAAUUGAAAUCCCCUCACUACCAACACAUCUCCUUUGCUAAGUCUUUGUCCCAAGUUCUGCCAUGGAGCAUGUCAAUUAAAUAAAAAUGAGAUUUGGUGUAAUGCUAAAAUUAAGCUUAUUUUGAAUUUGCAGAUCAAUGAGUUCAAAUCAUAGACUAUUCUUCUCUUGCUCCUCAAA